UUUGUUCAUUUGCGUCUGUUCUGCUCUUUCAGUUUUUUUACUCAAAGUCAGAAAUUCACUGUAGACUUAUACUGGUUAUUGUGGGUGUAAAGACGGUUUGUGAUUAGUUAUUUAACUAGAUACAAAUUACCCACUUAUAAUGGCUAGUAAAGCAGUUAAGAAACUUCCUCCUGGAUUUUGGGGAACAUUCAAGAACUGGGCUUAUAACACAUCAGGUUUUUGCCAAAUUGGGCUGAAGCACGAUGAUUGCCUCUAUGAGACGGAAGAUGUGGAAGAAGCUCUGAGGCGACUGCCCAAGAAGCUCCUGGAUGAACGAAACUUCCGUAUGAUCAGAGCUUUCCAGUUGUCUGCCACCAAGAGUAUCCUCCCAAGGGACCAGUGGACCAAGUAUGAAGAGGAUGACCAUUAUUUGGAGCCAUACAUUGAAGAAGUUGCAAGGGAGAGGAAGGAGCGGGAGGAAUGGGCCAAGAACUACUAAAUUUUAGAUCUACUCACUCUCACUAUUGCUGUACAUUAUAUUACAAUAAAUUAGUUAUGUGUUACCUUU